UGAACUGAACGCACUAACUCACCCUUUGUCACUUCAUAUUUGUGAAUUUUGACUUUGAAUUGACAGUCCGUGUGCCAUCCUCCACACACACCGGCAGCGUUAACCGGAGCUGCGUCAUGGCGGGGAUGCAGCUGCUCAGACUGAUGGUCAACCAGCGACUGGCAGCAGCUGCAGAGGAAAUCUGUGGGCUUUUUGAAAAGACGAUAGCAGAAUAUCAGGAAGAAGUUGUCCGCUCCCAGAGAGAAAUCAUUCAGCUAAAAGGGCAACUCGAGCAGCUGACCGUUUUAAAACCUGGAGUAACUUUAUUCAGAGCAGACACCCAGUCAGUGUCCGAGGAGAUGUUGCCCUCCCUGCAUGCAGACCAGCUUCCCAUUGUGGAGAAAUAUGACAACCAAGACUUUCAUCAGGUCAAAGAGGAGCAGGUGGAUAUCUGUAUUCUUCCACAUCUGAAGGAUCACUCUUCUGCGGAUGUAAAAAUCAGACUGACUGAAUCACAAACAACUUUCAGCAGUAUAUCUGUGACAUUGAACAGUGACGACGAAGGGAAAGGGGACGGCAGCUCCUCCUCUUGCGGUCCAAGUCACAGUGACGAUGCUUUUACAGGACAGGAACAAGCCAAGGAAAGUAAAAAGGCUUGUCGUGUCUGUGGGAAGCAGUUUAGCAGGGACUCUGAUCUGCUCAGACACAUGGAUCAGAUUCACAUCGGAGAGAAGGCCUUUAAAUGCUCCGAGUGUGAUAAGGAGUUUGCUCGUAGGGACCAUCUGGUGGUGCAUUUAAGAAUUCACACAGGCGAAAAACCACACAAGUGUCCUUUCUGUUGGAAAUCCUUUUCUCAAAUCUCCAAUCUCAAUGUUCACUUGAGGAAGCACACAGGGGAGAAGCCCUAUUAUUGCAAGUCGUGUGGCAAAAUGGUCGCCCAUAGCUAUCACCUCAAAACUUGCGGUAUGACGGAGCGAAAAGGGGAGAAGUCAUUUUGCUGUUUGGUUUGUGGUAAAAAAUUCCACACGGCUUCAAAUCUGCAGGCCCAUACCAAUAUCCAUGAAGCCAGGAGAUCCUAUAGAGUUGUGUAGCCUUUCGCCUGCUCAUCAGACUGAAUUCACAUUUGUUGCGCUUCACUUCAUUUAUUAUUUGUUAUUCAUUAUUUGAAUCUCAGAACAAAUAAAACAUGUAGGCGCUGAUACAGGUUAGCUCACACUGUCUGAUGAACAACAUGGAAAACAAUUAGAACUGAAAAUGUCUUCUGUUUCAGACUACAAACAAAAGAGUACAGUGUGGGUGCAACACACUUUGGUUUGGUGUUUUAAAGGAACAUGUACCUGUUUUAACUCUUGUAACUGCUCACACUUUUUAUUGUUAAUGAAAUAAAAUAUCUUUUAAUGUAA